AUAUAUGUUUCGUCUUUUCGAUAACAUAAAUUGACCUGAUCUAUCAAUGAUGUAUAAGUAUUAGCAUAAAAUAUUUACAGAUCAUCACAAGGGAUCAAUUUGCAACGAUCACAGAGAUCAAGCAAUGUUCACCGUGGUCGCAACUUCGAUGGGUGACCGCGUGGAAAUUUGAGAAAAAGAAUUCUUAAGAAAAAAACCUCAAUAUUAAAAAAAAAUACUUUUAAUAUAAAAAGGGGUAUGAAGCCAUUAAUUUUAACAUUUUUAAAAAAUUUUAUUGCAAAAAUUUUUUAAAACAUUUUUUAAAUAUUGUGUGCUGAUUGGUCUGUGAAAAAAAAUGGCCAAUGAUUAGAAUUUUUGAGUGCCGUAUGUAUGUAUGCGAGCAAUAUGAGUCUCAUUUGGAGAACGCAUUUGAGGUUCAUAUCGCUUGCACGCAUGAGUACCGCACGCGUGCGACCGAUAUGAUUCUCGUAUGAUGACGCAUCUGUCGGAUACCGUGAGCUCACACCGUGCAAAUAAUCCGCACGGCAUGCGCGCUCCGUGAACUCACUAUGCGUGCAGUUUGUUAUCUGGGUAGUAGCAAUAGAAGUAAUAGUAACAAUAGUAAUAAUAAUAGUAAUUAUAAUAGUAAUAAUAAUAGUAACAGUAGCAAUAGUAAUACUAAUAAUAAUAGUAAUAGUAUAAUAUUGGGUUAUUCGGAAAGUAAUUUUGUUUUUUCCCAACAGAGGGCAACUUCACACUUAAGCCACAUAAUCAUUAUAUAUUUUGACAGCUAAUAUAGCAAGGCUUGCUUGUGAAAAAGUUCGAUUGAUUCUAUGCAGUAGUUUUUGUUUAGUGCCCUAUCAAAUAUAGAAAGUAACUGGCUUGAAAAAUUUUGAUCCGGCAAUUUUGAUGUUGAAGAUGCACCACGUUCUGGAAGGGCAGUUGAAACUGAUGAAGUCACAAUAAAGGCAUUAAUUGAUGCAAACCGGCAAAUAACAACUCGUGAGAUCGCUGAAAGGUUAGGUUAGGUUUAUCGAAUUCGACCGUUCAUGAUCAUUUAAAACGCCUAGAUUUAAUUUUAAAGCUCGACAUAUGGGUUUCUCAUGUUUUUACGGAAAGAAAUCUGUACCGUCGCGUUGAUGUCUGUGAUUUGCUUCUCAAACCUCAACAAAAUGAUCCAUUUUUGAAGCGCAUCAUCACUAGGGACGAGAAAUGGGUUGACUACAACAAUGUUAAACGCAAGAGAUCAUGAAGUAAAAAAGAUGAACCAACUCAAAGUACUUCGAAAGUCGAUAUUCAUCAAAAAAAGGUGAUGCUAUCUGUGAGAUUUCAAAAAAAUCGUUUUUUUUUUGAGCUUCUACCGGACAACACAACGAUCAAUUUUGAAGUAUACUGUCAUCAACUAGACAAACUGAAUGAUUCACUUAAACAAAAAAGGCCAGAAUUGAUCAAUAGAAAAGGUGUAGUGUUCCACCAAGAGACCUCAUACAAGUUUGGUAACUCGUCAAAAGCUUUUACAGUUUGGAUGGGAUAUACUGCCACACCCACCAUAUUCUCCAUAUCUGGUAUCUUCUGAUUAUUAUUUGUUUCGGUCUCUACAAAAUUUUUUAGACGGUAAAACCUUUACUUCAAAUGAAAUAAAAAAUUUUCAGUUUUUUGCCAGCAAAGAACAAAAAUUUUAUGAGCGUGGAAUUAUACUACUACCAGAAAGAUGGCAAUAGGUAUUUGACCAAAAUGGACAAUAUAUAGUUGAAUAAAAUAUUUAUUCACUAUAAGAAAAUUGUCUUUUAUUUUCAUAAGAAAAAACGAAAUUACUUUCCAAACACUCUAAUACAAUUGCUGUAUAAGUUAAUCUAGGCCAAAAUAUUGUCAUGCAGGGCAAUGACUCUUCUGCAUGUCCAAAAGUAGGAACAUACGCUUCUGUAACGAUUGUCAAGAUGGUUCUUCUAGGACUGCUUCCUAUCUAAGCUUAUUCUGAAAUAUUUCACUAACUUAGUUGGAACAAGCCUUAUUCCUUCAAGUGCCCACUUUAUACUUGCGAGUGAAGAUGAAUCCAGCAGAUUCAUUGACAAGCCCUCUGCACCGGACGGGAUUCGAUAGCGCACGGUGCGAUAGCCCACCAACCAAUCAUCUUGACUUAUCUAACCCAACCAACGGAAAAACUCUAGGCAUUGGCCACUGUGAGUGGUGGUGGGCUAUCGGUCCCAUCGCUAUCGGGAUCCGCCCCUUUACACCACUGCUCUACUGUUCCUAGUGCACUUUGCGUGAGUCCUAAAAACAGAUUAAGAAAAGGUCUUCGUAUCAGUAUGGCCAAAUUGCGUAACCCUGCAAAAAGAAACCCUUAGUAAUACUUUAAGCAGUCUAUCCACCACCAGGCACCAUAAGAGUGGACCCCUGCAUGCAGGCUCUUUCUACAAACCUUUGCUGCUCCCAGCAAGAUCACAAUCUGUCGCCUAAGCAUAUCUCGGAUCCACUCAACGAGCUUCUCCGUUAUGCCCCUGCACAACUCUCUACACACCACUUCAUGGUAGUAUCUAUCCUUACUGUAUUCGUGAAUAAAACGCUCUUGUCUAGUGACAUUGUGAAUUUGGAUGCUCCCUUAUUUGUAACUUGGUUUCAAUGUAUAGUGAGCGUAGCUAUCUGCAUUACUUUACGCAGAAUAUCUCAAUGGUUUCCAGACUGUAUUGAAAUUACAGACGGUAGUCCGUUUAGAAAGGACACUUUGAAAAAGGUACUGCCAUUAUCAAUCUUGUUCACUGCAAUGAUAGCAACUAAUAAUUUAUGCUUGAAAUACGUCGGUGUCGCAUUUUACUACGUGGGUCGUUCUUUAACGACAGUAUUUAAUGUUGCAUUUACUUAUAUUUUACUUGGACAAACAACAUCUGUCAAGUGUAUAGCAUGCUGUGCGGCGAUUAUCGCCGGGUUCUGGUUAGGAGUAGAUCAAGAGCAUAUCGCGGGCUCUCUUUCCGUUCUUGGGACAUUUUUUGGUGUCCUAGGAUCAUUAUCGCUGUCCUUAUAUUCUAUCCGUAUGAAGCAGACACUUCCGGUUGUGAAUCAGGACAUCUGGUUACUUUCUUAUUAUAAUAAUGUGUACAGUAUCAUCAUCUUCAUCCCGUUAAUGAUAAUUAGCGGCGAACAUCGUACUGUAUAUAAUUACGAGAAGCUUGGACAUCCCCUUUUCUGGAGCGCCAUGACACUCGGCGGUGUGUUUGGUUUCGCCAUCGGAUACUUCACCGCGCUUCAAAUAAAAGUUACGUCCCCAUUGACGCACAACGUCAGUGGUACUGCGAAAGCAUGCGCUCAAACGGUUCUAGCGACUUAUUGGUUUAACGAAGAAAAGUCGUUUCUCUGGUGGAUAAGCAAUAUUGUUGUCCUCGCUGCCAGUGCAUCUUACGCGAGGAUCAGGCAACUAGAGUUGAGCAAAGAGUACAAAGUUGAGACACAACAGCUUAAAGUUUAACAAUGGUAAUGAAGCCACAACAAAUUUUAUUCAAAUUUUUAUAUUUAAAAUGCAGGAUUGGGUACUAAUUAAAAAGUUAAAAGUUAAAUAAUGAACAAUAUAAACGAUAUCCUAAUAUAACCGGAACAGUGUAUCAACUCAUUUAAAUAACAAGAACAGCUGUACAAACUAUUUAUAAACAUUUACAAGAUUUCCAAACUGUGCGUCACUUGCCAGACUUAAAACACAGAACUUUUAAGAACUUAGAUAAAAAAUGUAAUAUCAAUAAAAUUAAAUUAUUAAUCAAUUUCAAUGCUUACAAACAUAUCUACUACCCCUC